UUAGUUUUAUCAAACUAAUUGUUAUGACUUUCACGUUGUAUCGGAGGAGCAUUCUAAAGUGUCUGAUUCAUUUAUAUUGACAUCGAUUAUCACGCGGCAAAAUGAUAAUAAAAUCAAUUAUGCAGACAAUACACGAAGAAAAUGGGGCAGUUUGAUAUUUUUUACAGUAGAUUCUAUUAGAUAGUUCUGAUUGUGAAACUGGUAUUUCAAAUCCUACUUGUAAAAAAUAGCAUUUUUAGCAUUUAAUUUGGAAAUUGGUUGUUGUUUUGCAUUGUCUAGUCAAUAUUGUCAGUCAUUGAAUUUGCAUCAUCUACUACAGAGCAAAUAUGAAAUGUUAACAUUACAACGGGUAUAUUGAUCAAGGUGUUCCUGUGGCUUCGAAAAUACUUCUUGGCAAAAUGAGCUGUUUUCUCUUUUUGUUAGUUGGAAUUUUUCUUGGGAUUAAAAUUUUCGGAAUAAAAAGCCAGUUGUUGGUGCUUGAUGACGUCACAAUUUUCGACAAGAUUGCUACAUGGAAUGAGGCAAAAGACAUUUGUGAAAAGAGAGGUCAACUCAUGCUGACUUUAGAUUCGGAGGAAAAAUUGAGUGUUUUAACAAAUCGCACGUCUUUCGUUGGACUUGAUCUACUUUCGGGUGAUUACUGGCUUGGACUUCACGAUGUGAACGCUGGCAGUAGCAGGGAGUUUUACUGGCAUGACUGCCGGCCUUUCCUUCCUUCGGACUGGAGUCGUUGGGAUCCUGUUGGAGAUGAGCCGGACAAUCCCACAACUCAGAGAUGUAUUCGAAUCUUCUAUGGAAAAUGGAGAACAGUUGAAUGCCAUAUUGCGAGACGAUUUAUAUGCGAGGCACAGAAAGAUUACUGUCCUUACUUGCAUCAACCAGAAACCGCAGUUGAACAAAGUUCAUCUACUUUCAUUAUCGAGUUGAAUUCAGACCUAGAAUCCUGCAAACAAGUCUGCAAUAACAUGUACGCUGUCAAUGGAAGUUGCUGGGGAGUUAUGACGUUGGACAGCGAGUCAUCACCUUCGUCUUGUAAACUUGUCAUUACCAAUGAUGUUCCUAAUACUCACACGUCAUCAGGGGUUAACUUGUACAUGAAAGACUGCAUAAAAGUGAGUGUAAACAAUGAUUCCACAACUGUACAAAGCAGACCAGAUGUUUAUCCCGUCUCAAACUGCAGCUUAGCUGGGCAGAAAAUAAAUGCAGGAAUUCUACCAACUAGUUUAAGGUGCAGUGCGCACGUGGUGUUAAAUUCCUCCGACUUGACUUCAAGUUACCCCAUUACAUCAUCAACUCAGAGAAUUACCACAACAGAAUUCAAAGACGUCAGUCACGAAGAUUUGAUACUGAGCAUUCAAAAUAUGAAGAAUAGUCUCGCAGUCAACAAGUCUGAAACAAGUUCAGAGAUCCGGAAGAAAAUCAGUGUCUAUGAAAGUCGAACCAGUGCCGUGUCUAUGGGACUUAUUGGAACAAUUGUCAUUGUCUUAGUGAUACUUUGUCCGGUUAUAUCGGAUCUUACAUCCGUUAUUCAACGGCGGAAAAAGUGAAAAAAGAAAUACCACAUCAUGGAAGGAAGGUUACCUUAGAGUGAUGUUGGGAGAAAGGUUCUAAGUAACAAUCUUUUCAACGGUAACGCAUUUUCUAUGUGUUUUUCUUUCGAUUAUGCACUGGUUCCAACGAUCAUACCGUCUGUAUAUAUGUAAAUA